GCCAGCAAUACAUCCAACAAGUUAGUAUUCGUUUUUUUGACGCUCUCGGCGGACUAGUUUUCGCCUUGCCACGUCAUGAAUCUAGCGAAGUUCCUACGUGAAUGGGCCGACGAUCACAACCUGUAUAUGGACUAUAAGGGACAAAGGAAGGCAGAAUGGUGUCUGUACAUUAUUAUCGCGAUAUUUUUCUUGAUCGGCUUUCCUCUCGGCUAUUGCAAAGAAAUGCUGUCAAUCAGUAUCUAUACAGUGUUGAUUGGUACAGUUGUUGCUGCAGUUGUCGUACUCCCGCCGUGGCCAUGUUAUCGGAGGAAUCCGCUCAAUUGGCAGAAGGAGCUUGAUUCUUCCACUUCGGUUAAAGUCCAGAAGGACAAAAAAUGUAUGUGAUGAACACUGUUCCUAAUCUUGGGCGUUAAAGUGUUGCUUCAAUUUUUUGCUCCUACUUCGUACUUUCCCCCCUUGUUUGCCUUGACUUGAAGCUUCACAACUUGGAAUUUAACGUCUAAAUACAGUUUCAUUCCUUUGCAAUGAAUGGAAGUUCAUAUAUAGCGUUAAC